AUGCUUCUUAUCUUCCGAUCAGCAAAUUUUUUCGCUAUAGGUGACAAUAACAGUUUGGCUAAAGAUCUUUCUGACUGUGGCAAUCAAGCAAAUGAAUGGAAACCAUGCAUUGAGAGGAAAAUAGCUGAUCAAGUUUUUGGAGCGUGUUGUGAUCGGUUUGCGCCACCAGAAUGCCGUGGUUUAUGUAUUUACGAAAGUAAUCCUAUCGAAGCGCGAGUUGUUUUAAUGCAUACAAUCCAGCCAUCACGAUGCCGUUUGUAUAAAUAUUUGAGUUCCAUAAUCCACUGUGCCGCUCAAACUCACGAUAAUACAGCUUGCUGUCGAGAUAUGGGUAUUCAUGAAAUCGGUCCGCAGUGCUUGCAGAUGUGUGGACCACAAGCAAAACCUCGUCAAUUAUGGGGUACAAGGUCAUUACGCAAAGAUCUGGUCGUGUGCUUGGCAAAGUGGGACCAAAUAAUGUUCUGUCAUCAAGCUGGCUUACGCGCCCGAAAAAUCUUGAAAACAUCAACGGUUACGUCACAAUAA